AUGAGCACCAUCUGGCACCCACCCUUCGUUAGCGGGGUCCCCAUCGUCGUCAAAGAAGAGCCCGACGACCACCACCACCAACCCCCCGCCGUCAACGUCGAACCUCCCGCGGACGAGGAAGACGAAAAGUCCGAGGAUCUCGCGGGGAAGAUGUCGACGAUUUGGCGACCCAACCUCGACCGGCUGUACGCCAGCGUCGCCGAGAUGGAGGGAUCGGAGAGCGAAGAGGAGGACAAGGAUGUGACGAAGAAGGGCGUGAAGAGGAAGAGAGCCCCUCGCACGAAGGGGCCAUGCGAGCAUGGGGUGAAGCCUCGGUCGAGAUGCAAGGUGUGCAGCGCCUGUCCGCACGGGAAGUGGCGCCGUCGGUGCAAGGAGUGUGGCGGGGCAUCAAUAUGCGAGCACGGUCGUCGGCGCCAUAGCUGCAAGGAGUGCGGCGGUGCAUCAAUCUGCCAGCACGGUCGUCGGCGCUCUCAGUGCAAGGAGUGCGGCGGGUCUCAAAUCUGCGUGCACGAUCGUAUUCGCGCUUACUGCAAGGAGUGUGGUGGGUCUCAAAUCUGCAAGCACGCUCGUCAGCGCUCUCAUUGCAAGGAGUGCGGUGGGUCUGCUUUCUGCGAGCACGAUCGUAUUCGCUCUCGGUGCAAGGAGUGCGGCGGGUCUGAUGUCUGCGAGCACGAUCGUAUUCGCUCCACGUGCAAGGAGUGCAAGAAAUAG